CGUGUGACUUGUCCCGGAUUGCAGUUUUCAAAAAAAUAUUUAAAUCGAAAGUGAGGCGCACAUCAUCACUAAAUCGUUUAUAAUUUUCUUCCAUUCACUGACAAAGAAAAAACUUUAAACCGUCAAGCUGGCCGCUGCAAUAGCAAUGAAUUCCCACUUCCAGCCAUAUUCCGAACUUUCUACAUCGCAUUCGCCGAGUCCUGAAAGUAGUGUCUGUUAUACAAAUCUAUCGGAAACAAAUGGCGGCGGUGGUAGCAAUGGUGGUGGAGGUAUAUCAGCACCGACCAACAUUAGCACGGGUAGUGGAAGCAAUGGCAAUGGAAAUGGUAAUGCUGGUGGAAAUAACGGUAUUGGUGAAAGCAUUAACAGCAAUAGCAACAGUAUCUCUUGUAACGGAAGUAACAUGGUGGUGCACCACCAAAAUGGACACAGUCUUUCAUUAAGUGGUGGUGUUGGUGGUGGCGGUGGUGGAGGAGGAGGUGGUGGUGGGAACAAUGGUGCAAGCGGUUGCGGUGGUAAUGCCACUCGCAAUAAUCAGCCGGCUUUUCAUCAAUUGAAUAAUAACAAUAAUUGUUCAGUUAAACAGUGCUCUGGUUGUGGAGGAAAAAUCAUCGAACGAUAUUUUUUACACGCACUGGACAGAUACUGGCACAACUCUUGCCUCAAAUGCUAUUGCUGUGGGGCAAUGCUGGCUGACAUUGGAUCCAGUUGCUAUACAAGAGGUGGUAUGAUUCUCUGUAAACCUGACUAUUCUAGAAUGUUUGGCACGGCACCGUGUUCAGCAUGUGGACAAACAAUUGCACCAAAUGAAUUUGUUAUGAGGACUACAUCGCCGAUAAGUAGUCAGCAAAAACAGCAGCAGCAGCAACAACAACAGCAGCAGCAACAACAACAGCAGCAGCAACAGAAUCAGCAUCCUAUUCAAACGGGACACAAUCAAGCGCCACCUGGUGUCGGCGGGGUCGAGAAUCAGAGGCAUUUCCAAACACAUCAGAAUCUGCUCACCCAUCCGCAGCAUCAGCAUCACAUACCGGUGGAGCAUCACGUUUUCCAUUUGAAGUGCUUUGCUUGUUCAAAGUGUGCAUCACAACUACGACCUGGUGAUAGAUACUACAUGCUUGGUGGCAGCUUGGUCUGCGAACAAGACUGGCACAAAUUACUCAAAACAACGUCCACAAAUCCACCCGUACGCAAAGGCAAAGUUGGCAGACCAAGAAGAUCCAAAGACUGAGAAGUUGCCACACGUUUGGGUAGGCCACCGAAGCUCAAAAAAGGAUCCCCACUACCCGAUGUGGAACCAACAACCCAAUCUGUACUCCCCCACAAUCAUCAUCCAUUUGUAGGUGGUGGUGGUGGUGUUGGUGGU